UCGGAAGUGGAUCCGUUUGGAGAACUACGAGUUCCACAGAGCAGCGCGGCUCCAUUUUCUCCCCCCCCCCCUCCCGGGAUUAACAGUCAGUGGGUCUGACAGCGGUGACCAAGAGCGCACAGAGAUCUGAAGCUGAGUGGUCCUGACAGAACCCAAACCGAGCAGGUUAUUGGUGAACAUGGCGACCUUUAGAUUUGGACAACAUAUCAUCAAAUCCUCUGUAAUCUUUCUCCAAACUGAACUAUCCUUUGCACUAGUGAAUAGGAAGCCAGUGGUUCCUGGACAUGUGUUAGUUUGUCCAAUCAGACUAACUGAACGUUUUCGAGAUCUACAACCAGAUGAGUUGACAGACUUGUUUCAGACAAGCCAGAAAGUUGCAAAGGUUGUGGAGCAGCACUUCAAAGCAACAUCACUGACCAUUGCCAUUCAGGAUGGACCUGAAGCUGGGCAGACUGUGAAACAUGUGCAUGUUCACAUUCUUCCAAGAAAGAAAGGAGAUUUUUCAAGAAAUGAUAAUGUCUACGAGGAGCUCCAGAAGCAUGACCAAGAGGCACUUGAAGAAUCACCCCAGUGGAGGACAGAGGAGGAGAUGGCAUCAGAGGCUGCUGAACUCAGAAAGUACUUCAUCUAGUUCACAACAACUACAGUAUGUUUUUUUUGUACAUGCAUAGACUUUCAAAGAUUUAUUGAACUUAGAUGUCAAAUAGUAAUAAAUUUGAAUGUUUUAGAGACAAGUAGCAUUGGACAGUAUCCACUAAUGUUUGCAUAAAUAUGCAUAAAUAAUUGGCUUGGCUAGCCGUUAUGUUCUGUCUCCUUGUGUUUAUAUUACCAUCAAGUUGAAUGAUUUUCAGCCAAGAAUCAAAUCAGGAAUAUGGAGAAUUUGGAAGGUUAAAUCAGUGCUUUUCCAGGAUUGUGUGUGGACACAUCCCAACCACACAUAAUGAAACAAUACUUGAAGAUCAGAUUUCCAGGACAUCAGCCAAUCAUAUUUCUAAUGUACUUUAAAAGCAGAGAUUCUUGCAAAGCUUUGACAAUGUAUCUUAUUAAAAUGUGACUCUUCCAUGUUGUACUGAAGUGCAUAUCUAAUAAUUCAGUUAUUUUGAUUAACAUAUAGUUUAUCAUUCAGUGGAAACUGUUUCAUUCAGUAUUGCAGAGCCGAUAUUGA